AUGAGCGGGCGGGGCGAAGGGCAUCGGACUGGAUGGCGCCCGCGCCUCGGCAUUGGGGCGCCCUCCGUGUCCCACGGGGGCGGGGGUGCCUCGCCCGUCGGGGGUUCGUCGCCCGUGCGAGGGGGGCGGACUGGCAGUUCGUCGGGGUGGUGUUGCUGUCUCUCCCGCCUCCCCUUCUGGUCGGCAUGCUCGCAGAACCCCGGCACCGCCUUCAUCGUCUUCCUCGCCUGGGCGGCAAUGGUGCUGCUGGCGACCAGUUGGGGCCUGGCCUACCAGGACGACCUGACCUAUCCGCGCACGGGCUCUCACGCCCUACGCGACCGGCUCUGGACCCUCAUCCUCACCUUCAUGAGUGCCGCCUCCCCCCUCCUCCUCCGCCCAUUCGACGCGGUGUGGCCGCGGGUCAGGGCAAUGCGACUCACCUUCUGCUCCGUCACUCUGCGCGCAACGUCGCCAGGCGGGCUCUCGGUGCCAUUCCUCGUGACGGCGGUCCUGGUCUCGGUCUACUACCGCAUCACCCGACCCCUCAGCUUCAUCAUGGCAGGCCUGGUUCUGUCGCUGCUCGCCAAUCUGGUGUCCCUGGUGGCCAACGUGGUGGUGCACAUCACGGCCAACGAAAAGAUGCGCUUCGUCUGCUACCGCAUCGCCGACGAGAUCUACUGCGGAACCAAGCUGCAGGAGCUGUGCACGAUGUUCCUGUUGGGCUUUGACGGCGUCGUCUGUUGCCUAGGCAGCAUGCUCAUCAUCCUCGUCUGCACGAUCGGGCACGCCUACAAGCAGCGAAAAAAGAUGAAGCGGGUCAUCCGCGCACAGGAGGCCGACUUUGACUUCGUGCUGCACGUCAAUUCCUGA